CCCCGCUGCCACGCCCAUUUUUGUCAUUUUUUUUCUUUGAACUUUAUUGAUCAAAAAUGUACAAAUAAAAACACACGCAUUGAAAAGAACGUUUUCUAGAUAAACGAGUCGGAUUGGAUUGUCCGAAGAGCAGCGGGGCUGUGAUAUCCAGGAGCGCCGCCAGAUACUCAAGGCUCUUCAUUCAUUUCUCUGCAACAACUACCAGCCCCUCCCAUAGCCUAAACUAAGUCCCGCCCAUCACACAGCGAACCCUCCUAAGCCCCGCCCACGAUGUUCCUGCUCUAGCAUUUUACCCACAGCUUUUUGGUAGAUGAUGUGGCAUGGGAUAGAGGGAGGGGCGUUUAUUGGAGUCAAUCAAUUGGCAGACAUGUCGAUUGAAAGAUGCUGCCCAGGGCAUGGAAUAGCAGCGAGACAAGUCUCUAGAAUUAGCAGCAAGCGGACAUUAGCUCGGCUACUGAGCCCACUCUCUAAAUCAGCGUCAGUAGAAUAGUUGGCUCGGGCUCCUAAAGAUGUCUCCGCGUCAUGCAGAUUAGAGCUAUUUUGAUUGGCUGUGGCGCACAGUCAUGCAGAUGAGCCACAUGUCUAUUGGCCGCGAGGCGGACUUGUGUAGCUGCUGAAAAGCAUUCCGUUAGUUAUAGGGCGGGGUUUCCGUGCAAUGGCAAUAGUUCCCAGCAUGUGAUUGGUCACGGGGCGGGAUCUCGCGUUUUUCGAGAACUGUGAUUGGUGUUUUUUUUGCUCCGGGCCCGAUGCUCAGAUUGCGGCUUUUCAGUCAGCGUUUAGCGGGCCGAUUAGUGACAUGCUGGGCUCCGGAGGUGGUGGUGACCGAGGGCGGCUCCGUCAUUUACUACGGUCAAGUGUGGCUGGUCUUUGUGAGCUGAAGCUACUGAGAGACAGGCAGGAGGUCCGGGUCCGGAGAGCGCUUCAAGGUGGAGAGGAUCUUGACCGCCAACUUUGGGAGCUGGAAAGGCAACUGGGAGAGCUACGUCUGAGAGCAGAAAAUGACAAUGAAAAUGUGGAAUGUGAAGCGGAUGGCAUGGAGGCAAGUGAUGUAUUUGUAGAACGUUCCUCUCGAGGGGGUUUGACAGAGGCUCGAAUGCAUUAUGCAAACGAGAGACCUAAGAGCGCAGGUGAUAUUGUUGUUGGAUCCCAGCACCCUCGCUCUUCUUCAUCCCGCCUUCUAGUCCCCCGCUCUCUUUCUGUUCCUUACCCUUCUCCUUCAUCUCCAUCUCCUCCUCCACCACUUUCUCGCCGGGCUGAGGGAUAUAUUAUCUCUCUUCUUCGACGCCAGCUACGCCCUCCAUAUUUACGCUCAGCCUCUGCUGAGAGGCCACCUCCUCCUCCCCCUCCUCCUGCUUCAGGUUGUCGAAUAGCUAAUGUUUCCUACACACCCCCACAUCGUGUUUCCCGCAGAAAACACCCUCCACUUCUGAAGGGCCACAGUGUGGAGGGAUCCCCACCUCGACUCCCCAGGAAAUGUCUGUCUGCAGAAGAGCCACCCCGCAAGAGAGGGGGAAGGAGGACUCCACGUUCCUUGUCUGAGACAAGCCUAAGGGACCCCAGCCACCUUGGCGAGGAAUGGAAUGUGCCCAAGGGUUACACAGAAGGUGGGGAGGGACCUAGAGGAAAUGCAGAAGGUUGGGUUCAUCCUCGGGUCCGUGCAGAACUUUGGGGAAAAACCAGAAGCCAAACGGAAGGCUGGGUUGAUCCUAGGGGCCUUGUACAGGAUUGGGGGGAAAACAGGGGUUACAUUCAGGAAGGGGGGCGCUGUUACACAUUGGGGAGGGAAGGAAGAGCACCACCAGUAAAGACUGGUCCACCCUGCAGGAAGUGGAGGUCCACUGCAGAAAUUAGUGGAGGAGGUCCGGAAGAAGAGUCCAGGGUGGAUUCUGAAGGGGAAGAGGAGGAAGAAGGCGAACUGGUAUGGCCCCUUCAGUUGCCACCUCGUGAUGCAGAUGGACAUCCUCAAAUGUUUAAAGUCAAAGCUUCACAAGCUCUUAAGAAAAAGAUCAUGAGAUUUAACACAGGGUCUCUCAAGGUCAUGACAACUGUUUGACAGGUUUGUUCUUAACUUACAAGUAUGGCAACUGUCUAAUAUACAUCUUACAGGCCUCAUAUAGAUAAACAGGGCUAUUCAAGGUCACAUGAAUACUUCAUUGAUUGGUGCACUGACAUGCCCGCAGUUAAUGUGAUUGCCAAUUCUGUUGAACAUUGUUUUGUAAUAUAACUGGGUUUAUUAGAUAAUUUUGCUUAAUUUAUACAUUCAGCUUUUGGGCACUCCAGUUUUGCUUAAUUUAUACAUUCAGCUUUUGGGCACUCAGAAUCAAGCUCUAAAGCUUCUGUAUUAUUCUCAGUGUUCUUGUAUAAAAUGUAUUAUGUAGUGUUUUAGGACACUCAUGUUCUAUUGAUUCCUAUGGGAUUUUUAGAAUUAUAUUUAUCAAUGCAGUUCACCAUUUGAUAAAUAUGCAUUUAAAAAUCCCAUAGGAAUGGAUAUAAAGUAAGUGAGUUUUAUUGUGGUGAGUUCUAAAAUCACACUUUGAUAAAUCUGCCCCUAAAUAUAUGUCCGCUUUCCAAUCAAAUUCAAGUAAAUUUUAAACUCCCUUACUGGUAACAAAUUUUAUUGAAGUCGGAGCAAAUGCAACUGGUAGAUUUUUAUAUAGAAUACUUACCACUAUUUAUUUUAAUAAAUCAAUUUAAACACUCA